CUUCGUCGGUUUUCGUUAAACGCCAGGUACUGACCAGUUAUCGUCACCCAAGGCCAUUGUUCGUUCAUACGUCGCGUAUGUGAAUAUCACCCGUCCAAAUCAUCUGGCCGGUAUAUCUUCUAAUCGCCCUUCUCUCCAAUUACGCUCCCUACCAUUAAACAUCACUGACCUUCUACUUCGCCGGCCCCGUACGGGGCUCUAUAGUUUAUUUACAACAAAUACUGUAAUCCAACAUGUCCACCAUUCCAGCUCCCUUACUACCGCUCGCUCGUGAAGAGUGGCCAGAUGCAGACUUCGAUCUACCAGAUGGCGACCAUAUCCGUUCUCUCGACGUCGAAUCCGACAAGGAUGAUGAUGAUGAUGAUGAAGCUAUGGAUUGGGAUAUUGAAAUGGACCUCGGGAAAACUGGCGGCGCAAAGGCAAAGGCCGUCGUCGCUAGCAUGGCUGCCAGGUCACACUUCUCAAGGAUUGUCUCUGGCAACAUGAUCACAAUCCGUCCCCCACUCACUUGUCAGGAGGAAGAAGAUGAAGAGGAAGAUGAAGGUGUGUCCACUAUAAAGGUCGCUGCUCUUCAAAUGGCUGUUGCCAAGCCCCUUCCUUCUCCCAUCGACGAGGACAUCGAAUCUGCCUUCGCACUUCCUUCAGACCUCACACAAUUGUCCCUCGCACCUCUCUCGCUUAGCCAUCGCUCUUCGAAGAACUCCUUGGAAUGGGGUGAUCAUACUUCAUCAUCUCAAUCCUCUGAUGCAUAUUCCUCCCUUGGACUCGCCGAUGCUUCCUCGUCAUCAAACUCUGUAUCCUCCCUUUCCUUACACGAAACAGAAGAAAGUGAAUGCGAUGAAAACGAGAGCGAGCUUGAGGGAUUAGUCGUUCCCUCCGGCCUCUUCGAGUCCAGCCAGGGCGCAAAGCAUCUCAAAAAGAUGCUCGAACUCAAGAAACAGGCCCUGAUAACUGAUCCACGUAUAAAGGUUGCCAGCCCCGACCCCGAGGAUGACUUUGAAACGGGUCUCCUUAUCGAAGAUGAUGACGAUUUCAGCCCAAGCAGGCUCGUCAACACAAAGCAGAAUCAGCGCUACAAUCGUAGCAAAAGCGCUCCUGCUCGCGCACUCUUGCCCAUACGUCCGCCCUCAAGGAUGAGGGUCGACAGGGCAAAGUCGCCUGUCAAUCCUCCUAUAUCAUCUGCCCGUCAGUUACAGCGCAUUAAGCUUUCGUCUUCACCCCCACCCCGCCCAUUGUGUACACGUGCUCUCACUUAUAAGGAAGCACUUUCCGCCGCCCCUCCUCCUCCAACAAACACCUUUUUAUCCCCUAAACCUGGCAGUCUCCGAGGACAAAAGUCGCAUUCUGGCCUUAAACCCCCUACCCCUCCCUCGACACAACGCAAGGGGCUUACCCGCAAAGCCUCUUUGUCUUCCUUAAUGGAAUGCAGCACCUCUCAGGCAUCAGGCUCUGGUAUCGUUGUUACUGCAGGUCCAUCAUCAGGUAAACUCGCACGCUACGAGGCACCCACAGCUGCCUCACGCGCAAAGUCACACACGAGCUCAGCCAGUCGUAUCCACGGCCUCGACUUUAUCGUGCCACCCACGAGGCCAUCCACCCCUUCUUCAAAUCCUGCAGCACUGCGCUUGACUAUGCCAACUUCAAUGCGUAUGAAGUCGCGACCUGCCCUGUCCUCUGUCUUUCCCGGACCUGCCACUGUCACUACCCUCCCUACACCUCAGCCUUCACAUCGCGCGACAUCACCCAUACCACCUCGCCCUCCUUCAACAAUAUCAUUACGUAGUCGUGCUCAUCAGACGCAGACACCACUCGUACCUUCGACAUCAGCUCCUAAACUUCUGCGCCGACCAAAGCGACAACGCACAUACGGUGACGGCACUGAACUAGACGCCUUUGAUGACCUCCCGACGGAUCGAGAUAAGGAGGGAAGAUUUAGGGUACAACCUAAGGCGACAAAUCGUGGGUCUGUUGCCAACUUGUCAAAAUCUUCCGACAAGGAGAAAGAUAAGGAGACAGGUACGAUGCGCAAGAAGGGAAGAAAGGAUGUCACUAAUGUCUCUGGCGCACUUGCACCCGCCACCAACACCUUGAGGCGCACGGGUCGCAUUGAGUUCUCAAAGGCUUCUGGCACCGAGAUUUCCAUAAAGAAGAAGAAAGAUGCCUCAUCGCCUGUACUUGGUCACACAAGGAGAAAACCUACCCUGAUCCGCCACCUCGGCAGUGCAAGCGGACCAAAAGUCGUGGGUGAGAUGAAAUGGAAUCCGACAACCCUCCGUUGGGAAGGAAAUGAUCAAGUGCUCCGUGAUUUCGAUACAGUCGUCGGAACUUCCACACGCCCUGCGUUGAUUACACACCUCACCGGGUCAUCCAUUGGAUCCCCAGUAGGUUCCUUUGCCGCCGGUGCUCGCAAGGUCGGCAACAUGAUCUUCGACCCCACACGGAUGUGUUGGGUGUCAACAUUACCUCCCGAUGAAGAAGAACCAGAUGUCUUCGCCGAUCUCGCAGAUGACGAGGACGAUGAAGAUGCGUGGGAAGCUAAGGGAGGCACAAUCCGUGCCAGCCAAGGAUGCGCCAAUGGCGCCAUGUCAGAUACAAGCUGCUCGACAAAUUCAGCUAUCAUCAUCACCGCCCCCAGUCCAGCACGCAGUCGAAUACGGACAAAUUCCGAGUCGGAAAGCGAUCGUGGUUCAAGGGCAUCCAUUGUUUAUGACGUGGCUGAUAAUUUCGUGGAAAUAUGUCGUGCUGCAGAAGAAAGACACAGGCAAGAAAUCAAAGGAUGGCGAACGUCACGGCAGACGGAUCCUUUUGGUUCGCCUGAUCGACGAGAACUGUAUGAAAUCCGUGCCCUGGCUACCCGGAAGUAUUGAUAUUAUUUUCGUACCUUAUGCUGUUCCCCAGCUGUUCCCCAGUCUCCCCUGAUCGAACUGCACGACGACCUCAUGCAUGUCUUUGAUUCGCAUAUCCUUUUCCGGAGUUUUCUCAGAUUUGCCGUACAAAAUUAUUGGAUUUGUUCCAUGCCACUCCCUGGAUCGUUUGUGUAUUGUCGAUUCGAUUCGUCUUUGUUCGCCUAUCUUAUUACUUUUGCUUGAUUCUUUUAUCGUCGCUCGUUUGAUUUUCCUUUACGUUUCGUCUUGACUCAAUGUGUAUGGGAUAAUAUGGAAUACGCUGUUCAAAUACAUUGUGAAUAGGUCGGCAAUAAAUUAGGU